AUUCAGCAUCAAAGACAACGACGCGGACGCCGGGAAAAUAACCUUUUGUUGUCAGUUGUGUUCCAGUUCAUCCGAUUUUAAUAUUUGGAUUUGUUUAAACAUCGGAAUGAAUUGAGCAUAUUAAAUAUUACAAUGGCGGGAAUAAAAUCUUUGGCGGUACGAGGUAUCCGCAGUUUUGGUCCUGAAGAAUGUGAUGAGCAAAGGAUUUCUUUUGAAAAACCAUUAACUUUAAUACUUGGCCAAAAUGGGUGCGGUAAAACAACAAUAAUUGAAUGUUUACGAUAUGCUGUAACAGGUCAAAUGCCUCCGGGCAGCCGAAAUGAAUGCUUUGUACACGAUGCUAAAGUAAACAGAUCCACUGAAGUAAUGGGACAAGUAAAAUUAAAGAUAGUGAACGCUAAAGAUAAGCAACUGGAGGUCUCACGAUCAAUGAGAGUUACUGCACUACAAAAGAAAAAAACCAAGUUCCAGACUUUGGAUUCCUUCCUUUCAGUUAUAGAUGAAAACGGAAAGACUAAAGAUAUAUCUUCAAGAUGCGCAGACUUAGAUGUUGUUAUGCAUGAAGAACUGGGUGUAUCAAAAGCCAUUUUGAACUCUGUCAUAUUUUGCCAUCAAGAAGAUUCAAGUUGGCCUUUAGACGAGGGCAAAAAGGUGAAAGAAAGGUUUGAUGAGAUUUUUGAUGCUGAUAAGUACAGUGAUUGUAUUGAUAAGUUGAGAAAAAUCAGAAAGGAGUAUGCUACAACACUUAAGUUACUUGAACAAGAAGUUACCUUCUUAACAGAUAAGAAGCAAGAAUUAGAUAAAAAGAAAUUAGAUGUUGUCAACACUGAAUCUAGAAUCUCAGAAGCUGAGUUGAAAUUGAGUGAAUUAACCCAAGAGCUUACUCCUAUUACUGAAAAGAUAACUGCCAUUGUUGCAUUACAAAAGAAUUUAGUUUCUUUUGAGUCUAAAAAGGAAAAGAUUAAGACUAGAUUAGAACACUGCCAGACCCAAGAACAAGAACUCAAGAAAAGCAUACAAAAUGUUUAUGAAGGAACAACACCUGAAUUACAAGAAAAUAUCAACAACUAUGCAGCGACAGCUAAAACUAAGCAGAAAGAACUGGAGGAAUCAUACAAGAAGAAUACUUCAUUUAAUAAAGAAGAAGAGAAAAUAGCUAAUGAAAAAACAUCAAAUGAAGUGAAAUUCAACAAAUUAAUUAUGUUGGAGAGCCAAAACCAGGAGAAAAUUGAUAAAAGAAAUUCUUCAAUUGUGGAGACUGGUAAACUUGCUGAUCUAGAAAUUGAGAAGGUGGAAACAGACGAAGACGCACAGAAAGGCAUGAACACCAUCACCCAAAAGAUUAAGGAACUGCAGGACGACCUCAAGGAGCAGAAGGGGCUAGCUGAUGAUGAAGAGAAGAAGUUCCAGCAUCAUGUGGACCAGAGCAGGGACGCUUUGUCUAGACAAAAAGAAAAGAUAUCAAAUAAAGAAGAAGACAUUCAAACAAAUAAGAAAGACAUGGCGAAAAUAGAGAAACAAAUUACAGAUGUGAAUAAAUCAAAGCAGAGAUUGGAAACUGUUGAGGCAAAAUUGAAGGCUGCUGAAGAGGACUUUGAACGGAUCCAAAAUGAACUCAACACUGAAGAGAGACAAAAGGAAAUAAAUGAAAAUGAAAAACUCAUUGAAACUAACGAACAAGAGCUGGAAGUAUUAAAUGAAAAGGUAACAAAACUACAAAAACAAACAGCAAAAAUUAAGGAGAGGGAUAUGAUUGAGGAAUCAUUAAAACAAAAAGAAAAGCAAUUGACAGUUUUAAAGAACAAACACAAAGAGAAUUUAACUGAACUAUUAGGAGACAUUCAAAGUAAUUACGCUGUAUCUGUGAACAAAUUGGAAUGUGAACUUAGAUCUGAAGUAGAUUCUGCCAAACAGAAGAUCAAAGAGAAGCAAAUGGAAAUAACUCGUUUAGAAGCCGAUCGUAAGCACGCCCGCGACCAACUGAACGAGCGUAAAGCGGAACUCACAAAAGCAGAGGAUCAAAUGUAUAAAGCUUGUGGCACACAGACGUACGAUGCUACGCUGGCUAAAGUAACCGCCACUGUGGAAAAACUUCAGGAUGAACAAAAUGUUCUACAAUCAUCAAUGUUUAUAAUAGCUAAGUAUAAAAAUCAACUGAAGGACAAUAACUGCUGCCCACUGUGCAACCGAGGUUUUGAAACAGACACGGAGGUAUCAGAUCUCAUAACACAAUUAACAACUCAAGUGAUGAAUGUGCCCGCCAAGCUCGAAAAAGUAACAGAGGAAUUACAGAAGUCCUCUGCGAAGAAAGAUGAUUUGCUCAGUAUGAAGUCACUCAAUGAGAGAAUUAUCAACCUCAAAGAGAAGGAGAUACCGAAGUUGGAGAAACGUCUUAGCGAUAUUGACACUAAAAUAUCCAGCGCUACAGAGGAAACGGACGAGUUAUCUAUGACCAUGAUAGAGCCGGAAAAGCGCUUGCAAACCGCGCGUGCGCUCGCCGGCGACAUGCCGCUGCUAGACCGCUUCACUAACGAGCUGAAGACCGCUAAUAAAGAUCUAGAAGCAAUAAAAGCGCAAUGCACGGACAUAAUAACGGACAUAACGCUCGACGAAGCGACAACGCAGCAAACGUCGGUGCGGCAACGUCUCUCCGCGUUGCGGGCGCAAGUCAAGAGCGCGCAAACUGCGCUCAAUGCACAUAAUAAGAAACUGCAUAACGCCACUGAGAAGAAGAUCAAGUUGAAGGAGGAAGUCGUUAAUAUUCAGAAGAAGGUUCAAGAUCUAGUCAACCUGCAAGAAAACCUGAAGACAAUGGAAGAAAACAAAGAGAAAUAUUUGGUUGAAUUAAAAGAACUGCAAGAAGGUAUCGCGCCGCUCGAAGCCGAUCUCAAAGAGAAACAAAAUGCAAAGAAUGAGGUCGUUAAAAAGAAUAGAAACGAAAUAGAUAUAAAAAAUAAUUACAUAAUGAAAGUCGUAAACGCGUUCGACAAAGUAAAGAUCAUAGACUUGGAGAUCCGUCAACAUAAAGAGAGAAACAUCCAGAAGAAAAUGGACGAAAUUAAAGAAGCAAAUGAGAAGUUGAUGGAAAAACAGAAACAGAUUAUGGCCGACCGGGAUGUUCUCACUAAGAAGAUAGAUAGCUUGAGGGAUGAGCUAGCUAAACAGGAGAUAUACAAACGUAAUUUAGACGACAACUUAAAAUUACGUAAAGCGCAAACUGAAAUCGAGAAUUGUGAGAAGGAGUUGGCGGAAAUCAACGAGAAACUGAGCGGAGUUAAUACGGAGAUGUUGUCUCAGAAAGAAGAACUGAUUUCCAAACAGACUAAGAUAUUUAGAGAGAAAGCGCAGACUGAGGGCAUGUUGGGAGAGAUGAAGGCGAGCCUGAAGCAGUUCCGCGCGGAGCUGAAGGCGAGCGGCAACGCGGGCGUGGAGGCGCGCCACCGCGAGCGGCUGUGCUCGCUGCACGUGACGCGCGCUGUGGACCGCGACGCGCGCGACCUGCUCGCCGCGCUCGACCGCUGCCUGCUGCAGUUCCACCGCGACAAGAUGGAGAACAUCAACCUCAUCAUACGUGAAAUGUGGAGAAAAAUAUACAGAGGAAAUGAUAUCGACUAUAUAGAAAUUAAAACCGAGGGUACUAUGAAUGCUGACUCGGAUCGUCGUAAAUAUGAUUACAGGGUAGUCCAAUGUAAAAAUGGUGUUGAAAUAGAUAUGCGUGGUCGCUGCAGUGCAGGACAGAAGGUGCUAGCCUGCCUCAUCAUACGUCUGGCUUUAGCUGAAACAUUUAGUUCCAAAUUCGGUAUCCUCGCGCUAGAUGAGCCGACAACGAAUUUAGAUCAAGAGAACAUUCACAGUUUGUGUUCUGCUCUCGGAGAAAUAGUUCAAGAGAGAAUGACCCAGAAGAACUUCAUGUUUAUCAUCAUCACCCACGACAGGGAGUUCAUCGAAUCUCUGGGAAAUAUAGAUAAAGUCACACAUUAUUACGAAGUUUCCAGAAAUGAAGAAGGGAAGUCUAGAAUUAAGAAAAUCAGAUUUACAUAAAAAAUCAUAAUGUUCAUUUCAUUCCAACAUCUUACUGUAAGAUGAUUAUCGGAGAAAAUAUCUAUAAAAUGCCUUAAACUUCUUUUAUAACACAAAAUUGUUAUUUUAUAGGAAUAAUAAAACAAUUUUUUAGUUAAUAA